AUGGACUUCUUUCUUAAUUUGGCUGAUUUUAAACCACAAGCGGCGGCCUUCCACGCUGCACUUGUCUUUGGUAUCUUUGCGAUGAUCUUUGCGAUUGUUUAUAUGAUCAUAGAAAUCUAUGGCUUUUUUGGUGUUGAGAACCCCAAAAGAGGAACUAUUAACAAUUUGGUUGGGUUUAUGAAUCUCUUCUCUUUCAUCCCAAGCGUUUCAGAUGAUCUGAUUGGUCUCAUUUAUGGUAUCACAUUCACUGUUUUGAUUGGGAUUAACAUGGUCCUUUCAUUCAUCUGUUUGCUUGUUGCUGUUUGUGGCGCAUCAUUCAACGAAAAUGCGGGUCUUUCGUUGCCAUCAAAAAGAGUCAAUUUGGGAUUUUUCGUGUUUAUUGGCGGACAGGUCCUUAUGGCUACCGGUGUUUUGGUGAUCACGCUCAUCAGAUUCUUGUGCCCACCAAUGCAAGAAGAGGAAUCUUACUUACCACCAAAAGCACAGAACGACGGACUCUCAAAUACUACCACAACCGCUACUUCGGCUACUAACGCACCAAUUGAUACUGGAAAGAAAGACGACGUCAACCAACAGAAUUUACCUUUUGAAAUCAACGAAGAGAAGUAA